AUGUCUGCUCCGCAACCCCCAUAUCCCCUCCACGAGUCCGUCAAGGACUUGCUGGACCCGGAGUAUGUCGACUUCUAUAACAAGUUUGUCAUCAACAAUCAACAAGUCCACUACCAGCCCGUCGAGGCUUCACGCACCAGCGGUGUCUUGAUUCCUGGCGCCGGUCCCAUGCUCGAAGUCGGCAAGACGCAAGACUUGACUCUCCAACGUCGGGUCUCCGAGGGUCCUCCGGUCCCGAUCCGCUGUUUCACGCCCAAGGGCGACCAGCCCGCCGGCGGAUGGCCCGUCAUGCUGUACUUCCAUGGUGGUGGCUGGGUGCUUGGGAAUAUCGACACUGAAAAUGUCGUCUGCUCGAAUUUGUGCGUCCGCGGCAACUGUGUCGUGGUGACUGUCGACUACCGUCUCGCACCGGAGAACCCUUUCCCAGCGGCAGUACAUGACUGCUGGGAGGCACUACUCUGGCUUAUCUCUGAUGGUGCCACCGCAUUAUCGAUCGAUCCCUCCAAGAUCGCAACCGGUGGCUCGUCUGCGGGCGGCAACCUUGCGGCAGUUGUAACGCACAAGGCAUUGAAGCUAUCACCGCCGGUGCAUUUCCGUGCCCAGCUUCUCUCCGUCCCAGUGACAGACAACACGGCGACUGUGGACAGCAAUGAGUCGUACCGCCGAUAUGAGCAUACCGCGGCUUUGCCAGCUCCCAAGAUGCUCUGGUACCGUAACCACUACCUCCCCAAUGCGGUGGACUACACCAACCCGGAGGCAAGCCCACUCUUCUACCAGGGCGACUGGUCAAAACUGCCACCCGCGCUGGUCAUGGUGGGUGAGCUGGAUGUCCUGCGCACUGAAGGCGAGCAAUAUGCCGAGAAGCUCCAGAAGGCUGGCGUUGAGGUGAAUCUCCAGGUCAUGAAGGGGAUGCCACACCCAUUCCUGGCGAUGGAUGGAGUAUUGUCCGAGGGCAAGAGGUGCAUUACCUUGAUGUGUGAUGCCCUGCAGAAAGCCUUUUGGAACUGA